ACCGGAGAUCAUUUCUUACUCGGACGGAAACGAGUCAUCCUGCACCGGCAGAAACAGACCGCCUUGACAUCCGACCUUUUCCUUUUUGGGAUCCAAAAGCCCGGCCGCGAUUCAUCGCCAAAAUUUCCGCUUCUCCAGGGCAUCAACUGCAUCUCCAGCCUCCGCUGCCUUCAGACAGGUCGUCAAGCUGGGCUAAUGGCCCGUUUCUGAAUUCUUCAAUUGCAUCUUGAUCGUUUUGUCAACUCAUAUUUUCCAGAUGCCGCCCAGGCUACGACUUGCGCGCUCGCGCAUCUCCCAGUCGCUCUGCCGACAAAGGGUCUAUCAAUAUGAGGUCCUGGUACCCAGCAGAUAUGCCAGUGGUGCUGCAGCCUCUGCAGUCACUCCGGCUGCAUCGAUAGAGCAGAUGACAACCUCUUAUCCUCCGAUUGCCAGAUACCCUCCCUCCCAGCCUCCAUCACAUCGCAGACCCGAAGAACGCAGGUCACAGCUUCUCCGACAAUACACCUCCCUGCUUCGGACAGCACCUCUCAUGGUUCUGUUCCAGCACAACAACCUGCAAUCUACUGAGUGGGCUGGUAUCCGUCGGGAGCUGAGCAAGGCACUGCAGAAGGUCGACGAUGAUCAAGCUGCGGCAGGACGGAGCCUUCCUCCGCUCGCCUCUUCCAUCAAGCUGCAGAUUAUUCAAAACAGCAUUUUCGAAACGGCUCUUCGUAUCGUCGAAUACUAUCAUCCUGACCAGAAUGCUCUGAAAGCAGGCAAGCCAACCGUCUCGGGAUCGAAAAACGACCCAGCCUUGACCCACGAUCUCUCCCGAGCAGCGCAUGACGCUGUGAUGAACAUGAAGGGCAAGCACGAGCUGACGACACUUCUUUCUGGACCGUUGGCUGUGCUCUCUUUCCCGCACGUCUCCCCGGAGCAUCUCAAGGCCGCCCUCUCGAUCCUCGCCCCGAAGGCCACCGGUUUCCCGGCGCCUACGCGACGAGCCAACCCCGGCUACUACGAAUUGACCGUUCAGGAUGGACUACAGAAGCUUAUGCUACUCGCUGCCCGAGUUGACGGAAAGGUAUUCGACGUCGACGAGACCAAGUGGGUCGGAAGCAUCGAAGGCGGCAUGGACGGAUUGCGCUCCCAGCUGGUCACCAUGCUUCAGAGUAUCGGUGCCGGCAUCACGAAUGCUCUGGAUGGCCAUAGCAAGAGUCUCUACCUUACUCUGGAGAGCCGACGGAGCGUGCUCGAGGAUGAACAGAAGGGUGAGGGAAAGAGUGAGCCCUGAAAAGGGAAGAGAAGCACUCCUCAAUGUACAAUACCUAUUUUUAUUUCGUUGCGAAUCUGAAUUGGUAAAGGAUGAUCGAGAUAUAUAUAUUUUAUCGCGAGCUAUGAAGACAAAUAGAUACAAUGUUCUUUA